AAGUUUCUAAGUUAAAUGAACAAUUGCACCAUUUGAAAAGUUUGGUGGAAGACUCGGAAAAUGUGCAAGGUGAUGCAACUAAAAAGAACAUAUUCAAGGGCAGGGAUGGUGAGAAAGAGGUUGUUCCAGAUGACCCGAUUGACAUUCAAAGACAAGAAAAAGUGAAAGAAGCUAUGAUUCAUGCAUGGAGUUCAUAUGAGAAGUAUGCAUGGGGCCAAGAUGAACUUCAGCCACAAUCAAAGAAUGGUGUUAAUGGCUUUGGUGGUCUUGGAGCAACAAUAGUAGACUCUCUUGAUACGUUGUAUAUAAUGGGUCUUCACGAGCAGUUCCAGAAAGCUAGAGAGUGGGUUGCAAACUCUUUGGAUUUUAACAAGGAUUAUGAGGCUAGUGUUUUUGAGACAACCAUAAGAGUUGUAGGUGGCCUUCUCAGUGCAUAUGAUCUUUCAGAAGAUAAAGUUUUCCUUGAUAAGGCUAGAGAUAUUGCAGACAGAUUGCUGCCUGCAUGGGAUUCACCUAGUGGAAUCCCUUACAACAUUAUCAACUUGGCACAUGGAAGACCGCACAAUCCUUCUUGGACUGGAGGUGAAAGUAUCUUGGCAGAUUCCGGCACAGAGCAGGUGGAGUUUAUUGCUCUUUCUGAGAGGACAGGAGACCCGAAAUAUCAGCAGAAGGCUGAGAAUGUUAUAGUGCAGCUUAACAAAACUUUCCCUGAUGAUGGCUUGCUUCCUAUUUAUAUUGACCCUGAAAGAGGAACGUCAGCGUACUCCGUUAUAACCUUUGGCGCUAUGGGUGACAGCUUCUAUGAAUAUUUGCUCAAAGUUUGGAUACAGGGGAAUAGAACUACAGCUGUAAAGCCUUAUAGAGAUAUGUGGGAGAAAUCAAUGAACGGUCUGUUGAGCUUGAUCCGGAAAACAACACCAUCAUCUUUUACAUAUAUAUGCGAGAAGAAUGGGAGAACUCUGACAAAUAAGAUGGACGAACUAGCGUGCUUUGCUCCAGGAAUGCUGGCUUUAGGAUCAUCUGGUUAUGGUCCUGACGACUCUAAGAAAUUCUUGUCACUUGCAGAAGAGCUUGCUUGGACAUGCUAUAAUUUCUACCAGUCUACACCAACAAAAUUAGCUGGAGAGAACUAUUUCUUUCGUGCUGGCGAGGACUUGAGUGUGGGUACGUCAUGGAAUAUAUUGAGACCAGAGACAAUUGAAUCACUUUUUUACCUCUGGCGUUUGACUGGCAACAAGACAUACCAAGAGUGGGGCUGGAAUAUAUUUCAAGCAUUUGAAAAGAACUCCCGCAUAGAGUCAGGAUAUGUUGGACUGAAAGAUGUUAACACUGGUGACAAAGACAAUAUGAUGCAAAGCUUCUUUCUUGCGGAGACUCUCAAAUAUCUCUAUCUUCUUUUUUCACCCUCCUCAGUCAUCUCACUAGAUGAAUGGGUUUUCAACACGGAAGCUCACCCGCUAAGAAUUGUGGCAAGGCAUGAUGAAGCAAAUUCUGGAAGAGCAAAUGGGGAUGAUAGACCAAAGAUUAGAUUGCGUGGCAGGAAGGAGGGCCGAGAUUAAUAGGAUUUAUUUUCUGUUCAUUAUUUUGUAAUUCUAGGGUCCAAGUAGAUGAAGGGCCAAAUAGUAAAAAUACAUUAGUCCUUGAAAUUUAAUGUCAGCUUUUGUAUGAGGAAACUAUGCGGCUUUACAAAUUUCACCUGCUGGUGGAAGUUGUAUUCUAUGGUGAGACAUGUGUGCCCUUCUUUCACAGUGAUGGAUUUGUAACAUAGGAUAUACAGAUUAUUUGUCAGUCGUCACCUCUCUCCCGUAGGAAAAUGAAUAUUUCCUCUUAGCCAUUUGGGAAUGGAUGAGCCUUUGUAAUUUCAUGGAGGAAUGUUUUGUUUUUUCUUUUCCCCCCUCUAUUUGACAUGUCAAUGACACUUAUGAUUUGUAAGCCCAUUUGAAUAAAUGACUUCAUGGGCAGAAAUUACUUAUUGAAUAUUUCCAGACCA